AUGAGCUCCUUCGACCUCCCGGCAUCCUCGCCACCGCGAUGCAGCCCCCAGUUCCCCAGCAUCGGCCAGGAGCCCCCGGAGAUGAAUCUUUACUAUGAGAACUUCUUCCACACCCAGGGCAUGCCCAGCCCUCAGCGCGCCCCCUCCUUCGAGGGUGGUGGAGAGUAUGGGGCUACCCCUAACCCCUAUCUCUGGCUCAAUGGGCCAGCCAUGACCCCACCGCCCUACCUGCCUGGUACUAACGCCAGUCCCUUCCUGCCCCAGGCCUAUGGCAUGCAGAGGCAGCUUCUGCCCAGCGACCUGGGCUGGCUGCCCAUCCCCUCUCAGGAGGAGCUCAUGAAGCUGGUGCGACCACCAUACUCCUACUCGGCUCUCAUAGCCAUGGCCAUCCACGGGGCGCCUGAGCAGCGCCUCACGCUGAGCCAGAUCUACCAGUACGUGGCUGACAACUUCCCCUUUUACAACAAGAGCAAGGCUGGCUGGCAGAACUCCAUCCGCCACAACCUGUCACUGAACGACUGCUUCAAGAAGGUGCCCCGAGAUGAGGACGACCCAGGCAAAGGGAAUUACUGGACUCUGGACCCCAACUGUGAGAAGAUGUUCGACAAUGGAAACUUCCGCAGGAAAAGGAAGAGGAAAUCAGACGCGUCUUCUAGCACAGGCUCCUUGGCUUCAGAGAAAACGGAGACCGGUCUCCUGGCAGGCAGUCCCAAGUCCACGGAGCCUCAGGAUGUCUUAGACACUGCCUCACCAGACACCACCAGCUCCCCAGAGAAGCGGGCCUCCCCUGCCCCCUCCGGCACCCCAUGCCUCAACAACUUCCUCUCCACCAUGACAGCCUAUGUGAGUGGGACAAACCCCAUGAGCCGCUCGGUGGCCACACCAGGACUGAGCCCGGAGCCGACUGACAAGAUGGGGCAGAACUCACUAAGUUUCAACUCCUACACCCCCCUCACCAACCUCAGUAGCCACGGGAGUGGGGGUGAAUGGGCCAACCCGGUCCCCACCAAUGCUCUAGGCUAUGGAGGCUCUGUCCUCAACCAGUUCAGCCCACAUUUCUACAAUAGCAUCAACACCAACAGUGUUCUCUUCCCCAGGGAAGGCACUGAAGUCUAG